AGAAACGGCCCCGCCAGCUCCCCUGGCUUCUCCUGCUACUUAGUACGAUCCCCACACACGGGGAACUGCAGCUCCCGUAGCCCUAUCUUCUACUCCAGGGCAGGCAAAAAGCUUCCCCAGCCCAGGACCCGCGCAAUACAGCGGGAGAUCCCCACGUAGCCCACAGCUCGUCUUCCUCGCUGACAAGCUCCCCCUCCUCGCACCUGGGCCAGCCUUUCCCCUUCUGUGGUUUCCUACCGGUCCAAAACACCGAUGGAGCACGCUUCACACAUCAAUGCCUAGCCUCGCAAAACCUCCCGCGCCCUCUCAGCAAGCGAGCUGCACGGUCUCCACAGCACUUUUGGCGUGGCGGGGGGGACGGACUCGCGAUUAGCCUUACAAAGGAAAAAAGCCGCCCCCAGGCUUGUGCUCUUCGCCAGCAGGUUGGUCCUGUGUCGGGAUGCCGGGCUGGAGGAAGAAUCUGACCCUGUGUCUGCAGAGAAUGCAGGAUGAAGACUUGCUGCUCCUUCUUCAACCAACAUUGACUCGUUUUGCCCGGAGAGCAUUUGAAAUCUGCCAGAAUGUAUACCGUGCUGAAAACAGAAAUUGGAAACCUUGUAAACCGAGCUGCUGCCCUCCUGAGCUAUUUGCUCUCACAAGUUCCCAGUGAAGAGCUGUGUCUGCUCACACUUGAAAGCACCACAUGCAGACUGUGGCUUUUUGCCUUGUUCCUUUUUUCCUCCCUGCAUGCUUCCACUGAGUGGGGAAACAUUGUGUGUGUGUGUGUGUGUGUGUGUGUGUGUGUGUGUGUGUGUGUGUGUGUUUUAUGACCAUGCCACUGCUUUUGGGCGUCACUCAGUGACCUGACUGUUUUUAAUCAUUAAUGUCAUUCGUCUUUCAAAAGGAGCUGGGAUUGCUAAAAUGUAGGAGUACAGAAGAUUUGUAGAUCUUGCACUUUCUCUCCUACACACACACACACACACACUGGUGGUGUGGACAAAUGAAGAAACUUAUAAAGGUUUUCCAGAUCGUUAAAAAGUCCUCGAGAAGGAGGAGAUGGAAUGAUGAAUUCAGGGUGGAGGAGGAGCUGGAAAGCCAGGGAUCCUGUGAGAAAAUUGGCUUGUGCAAUCUGCAUCUUUGUGUCAGGGAUGAUGGCCCUUAUUCAAAAGGGAGCAAAGACUCCGGUGGACUGGACACAGCCCUGGUCUCGAGAAGGCAAAGUAUUCCAGAGGAAUUCAGAGGAGUCACCAUUGUGGAACUGAUUAAAAAAGAGGGAAGCACCCUUGGAUUAACUAUAUCUGGUGGCACAGAUAAAGAUGGGAAGCCAAGAGUAUCCAACCUGAGACCAGGAGGGCUGGCAGCAAGGAGUGAUCAGCUAAAUGUUGGUGACUACAUCAAGUCGGUGAAUGGGAUAAACCUGACAAAAUUGCGACAUGAUGAAAUCAUAAGCCUGUUGAAGAACGUGGGGGAACGAGUAGUAUUGGAGGUAGAAUAUGAGCUACCCCUAGCUGCCCCAGAGAAUAGCGCUGGCAUCAUUCCAAAGACCAUUGAAGUGACCCUGUACAAAGAAGGCAACAGUUUUGGAUUUGUGCUACGAGGAGGAGCCCAUGAAGACUGGCACAAAUCCAGGCCAUUAGUAUUGACCUAUGUUAGGCCAGGUGGCCCAGCAGACAGGGAAGGAUCUUUGAAAAUUGGGGACAGACUGCUAAGUGUUGAUGGGAUUCCCCUCCACAGCGUGAGUCAUGCUGAUGCUCUAAACAUCCUACGUCAGUGCAGCCAGGAGGCACUCUUCCAGAUUGAGUAUGAUGUUACCAUAAUGGAUACAGUAGCCAAUGCUUCAGGCCCUUUGCUAGUAGAAAUUGCAAAGACUCCAGGCUCAGCAUUAGGAAUCACGUUAACAACGAACACCCAUCGGAACAAGCAGGUCAUAGUCAUUGACAAAAUAAAGCCAGCCAGCGUGGUAGACAGGUGUGGGGCCUUACAUGUUGGCGAUCAUAUCCUUUCCAUUGAUGGCACCAGCACAGAGCACUGUUCGUUAUUAGAGGCCACCCAGCUCUUAGCUGCAACAUCAGAAAAUGUCAAGUUGGAGAUAUUACCUGCUCACCAGAGCAGACUGCCCCUCAAACCUCCAGACACAGUCAAAGUGCAAAAGAGUGACCACCACCAUUGCUGGGAUCCCUGUGUCAGCUACUGCCACACCCACCAUCCAGGACACUGCAAGACGCCCACCUGGAACCAGACUUCUAGCCAGGAUUAUUGCAAAUCUCUUGUAGCUGCCAACUUUGCAUCUCCCACAAUGAACACAUCAGGUUUUGCCUGCCAGAAUUCCAAUACUCUACCUCGGAGCAACCAUCCCAUGAGUCCACGGGCCACCAUGAUGAGGAGAAGACAGAGGAAGAAGGAGCACAAAAGUUCAUUGUCAUUGGCCUCUAGCACAGUGGGCCCUGGCGGGCAGAUUGUUCAUACAGAAACAACAGAGGUGAUUCUAAGAGGAGACCCCUUGAAUGGCUUUGGACUACAGCUGCAGGGGGGCAUUUUUGCUACUGAAACUCUCUCGUCUCCCCCUCUCAUCCGAUUUAUUGAGCCUGACAGCCCAGCAGAAAGGUGUGGCCUCCUACAAGUUGGAGACAGAGUGCUUUCCAUCAACAGUAUUGCAACAGAAGAUGGGACGAUGGAAGAAGCCAAUCAGCUCUUGCGGGAUGCUGCACUUACUAACAAGGUUGUGCUGGAAAUUGAAUUUGAUGUUGCAGAGUCUGUCAUUCCCAGCAGUGGUACCUUUCAUGUGAAGCUGCCCAAGAAAAGAGGUGUGGAGCUUGGGAUUACCAUAAGCUCCAGCAGAAAGUCUGGGGAGCCUUUAAUUAUCUCUGAUAUCAAGAAGGGGAGUGUAGCACACAGAACUGGCACCUUGGAGCCUGGGGACAAGCUGCUAGCCAUCGAUAACAUCCGACUUGACAACUGCUCAAUGGAGGAUGCAGUGCAGAUUUUAAAGCAGUGUGAAGAACUGGUCAAAUUGAAGAUCAGAAAGGAUGAGGAUAAUUCUGACGAACAAGAAACAACUGGUGCUAUCAUCUACACAGUGGAACUAAAGAGAUACGGUGGACCCUUGGGAAUAACUAUUUCAGGGACAGAGGAGCCAUUUGACCCAAUUGUCAUUUCAGGCCUGACAAAACGAGGGCUGGCAGAAAGAACUGGAGCCAUCCACGUAGGAGACCGGAUAUUAGCUAUUAAUAAUGUAAGCCUUAAGGGGAAGCCACUGAGUGAAGCCAUUCAUCUACUCCAAAUGGCCGGAGAGACUGUAACCCUCAAGAUCAAGAAGCAAACUGAAAGGACUUAUCCGAAAAAGUCUGGAAGUAUGAAUGAAGUGAGUGACCCAGAAGAUGACCUGACUGAUUCUCAGAAAACUAGCAAACUCUCUGAGAUUUAUUCUACCACAAUCCCCAGUGUGGACAGUGCAAUGGAAUCCUGGGAUGGUUCUGGCAUUGAUGCAGGUUAUGGAAGCCAGGUAGGUACAUACUUACCUCAGGCAGUUGGUAUUGCUCUUCAUCCACACGAGUGGCGAUCCAGCAGACAGAAGAGCAGCACCCCUCCUGGAGACCCCAGGAAGAGUUACCCAUUCAUGGAUGGCAGUUUCAGCGAGGAUGACUGGGACAAGCCCACCAGAUAUCCCAACCGCCAAAAUGGCCUUGAGACUGCACAUGAGGAUAAUUUUUGGCGUGUUUUUGGAGAAGCUUUGGAGGACUUGGAAACAUGCGGCCAAUCUGAGCUUUUGAGGGAGAUUGAGGCAUCCAUCAUGACUGGAAGUGUACACAACCUGGGUCUCGAUGGGGGCAAGUUGCUCAUGAACUCUGUUAACCAGUCUGGAUUGAGUCCACCAAGGAAAGGGAACUCCAGGAGCUCAGGUGAAGGGCAGGGCAACAACAAUGUCACCCCCACCAAGAAAAAUGAGAGGAAUUUUGAGAUUAAGAUGAUGAAGGAUGAGAUUCAGGAAAUCAUGUCUCCUACUCCUCUUGAGUUGCAUAAGAUGACCAUCUACAAGGAUCCAGAGACUGAUGACUUUGGAUUUAGUGUCUCAGAUGGCUUGCUGGAGAAAGGGGUCUAUGUGAAUAUGAUCCGUCCAGAUGGGCCAGCUGAUCAGUGUGGACUCAAGCCCUACGACAGAGUCCUUCAGGUCAAUCGCAUCCGCACAAGGGACUUUGACUGCGGUUUGGCUGUUCCUCUGAUAUCUGAAGCAGGACAUAAACUGGACCUGGUAAUCAGCCGAAACCCCCUGGCCUUUGCUGCCAGUUCCCACCUAGAUGAGCAUGGGGAUUUGCCAGGCCAGCAAUCUGUAGGUGUGGAGGUCAAGGCAAACACCCAGACUCUCUGACUGGUGGCUGGGCUGGGCAUCAACUGUCCUUGAGGUCCUGCGAGAAAAAGGGGCUCAUGGGUGUCUGUUGUGCUUUCCCCCCGUUUACUUUUGCUCUGGUAUUUGUGAUAACUCUGUGUAACGUAACUUACGAUGAAGAAGUGAGUCUCCCAUUAGGCAUGUCUAGAAGCCUAGCAGGCUUGACCUUGGAAGUCCAAGCUGAGACAGAUGAACAGCUUCAGCUUGGGUUAACACGUGGUGGAAUGGGUGGCUGACAACAGAAUGCAGCAUCCAGUGUAACCCACCUGCCUGAGAGCAUCCUUCACUUGCAGUAUGCCUGAGCUUCUCCAGUGCAUGGGGUGAUGAGGAAUGAGCCAUCUCUCUGCCCCAGUCUGAAGGGCUUGGAUAUAUGGUGCUAUUUUGUUGUCUGCUUUGUUCAAUCAUGUACAGUAAAAGUUCAAAAUGACCCCCUUGUUUCUGUGAAAGGCACCCCUGCACUAUCCCAUGGCCUUUUCCUAAACCAUUGGAAGAACCUGGCUCUUUUUUUCCAAUUCACUUCUUCACCUUCACUUUCUAACUUAUCACUGGGCCACACUGAAUUCCCCUUUAAAAAGUGAGAGGAGAUUUCACUUCCCAGUUUUUAUAUAGCAGAGCCCAAUGUCACUGCAGAUGGAGCGAACAUGGAUUCUCUCCCCCACCCUGCCACCACACUCAAUGCAUUUGUUCCUUGGGACACAACAGAAACAUUUCCACUGCUAUUUGACUUCAACACAGGAUUUGUUUUAAUUUUUCUCCUUCUAACAUAUUUGUAGAAAUCACGCAAUGUAGGCCACAAAAUUGAGGUGACUCUCCAAACCACCAGUCACCUUUUGCACACACACACAGGGCACUUUUCUCUGAAAUUCUUCUCAAUGAGCAGGUAAACAUGAGCCACUCAUGUCAACCUCUGUCCUGCCUCUAAUUUUUUACAUAUGGUGUGAGGGGGAGCCUCAUGUCCUUUGUCACUGUUGGCAUGAGACAUCCUCUGCUAGAUUGAUAUUGUGUCCCCCAGUGCACCCUCUGUGGAUUGUCUUAGUGCAAAUACAAGUGUGUGUGUUUUAAUCACUGCUGAAGAUGAGGUUUGACACCCUGUUGUAGCCACCCAUAGUAGCAGCCCUUGGUUUUCAGUAGUUGACUUUGCCAUGGCUUGUAAGUAUGAUGCCUUUGUGAUCCUCUGCCCUGCAUCUGCCUCCCCCAGUCAAAUCCACUCGUCAUGAUAAUGGGUGUGGCAUCCACAAUGGUUGAACGAUUUGCCUGCAGCAAACUAGAUGGACUGCAGCCAAGGCCAUGACCUGUUCCCUUCGUAUUUUAGCUCACAGUAAAAAUGCUGGGGCUUGUAAAUCUCUGGCCAGCACAACUGCCUGUGCCAGGGCUUCUGGAAUAGCACUUUAUUGUGGUGAUCUUUUUUAUUGGCCCUUGCUUGAGAACUUGAGUAAGAACUUGAGAAUCGGGGAACUGGCUCCUUUUGUCGCUUGUAUUUUUGUUUUUGUUUUAUAUCGUUUUGAGCAUGUCAGGAUGCCAUGUUUUGAUACAGGUUGGAUACCUUCUCUGUUGGAUCAAAGCUAGGUCAGGACAGGUUCCCAGGCCAAACUGUGAUUGCGCCUACCUUUUUUGCGACUUCACUGCCUGGGCCAUGUCAAAGUAUUGAUGAUUUCCUUCAGAUGUGCAUGGAGUCCCAUUGGGCUGUCUCUAGCUGUAGCCAUUUUCUCAAAGUAUGCAAUCUUCCAUACCAUUGCUGCCAUAACUUAGAUAAUGUGCCAUAAAAGAAACUGCAGAGCAUUGACAGUCGAGCAGGAAAGGGGGUUUUAUAUGCAAUAUUCUCAAAAUGGCAGAAGCUCAAUGUGGCUUCAAAUAGGUUUUUAAUGAAGACUUUUAAUAAGGCUUUAAAAAAAUGGUCCUUGUAUCCCUUCCUAUGCAUUUUGAAUGAUAUGAAAAUGAAAUGCAUUACUUAAAUGUGUAUUUUUAUCCAUAUAUUAGAGUGUAUUCCUUGUAAAGUAUUUUUAUAUGCUAAUUUUCUUAUGUAUCUAUGAAAGCACAAUAUUCAAAGAAUAUUUUAGUCCUGUUUUGGACCUAUUUGUAAAUCUAUGUAUUUAAAUGGUAUUGCAAUUUACUUUGAUUUUUUUUAAUUAAAUAAAAACAAAUGAAACAGA